AUGGUGUCUGUUGCAGGUCCCAGUGCGACUGGUGGCGUACCUUCUGUGGACGACGUCUCACCGAUAUCCGAUUUUUCAAUGCACCUUGACAUGGAUGUCGUCCCUUCCAUGUCCUCCGAUCUGACGGCUAUUGAGCCCACGGCACCCAUACCUACGUUCUACACUCCUGACGGCUGA